ACUCAUGAGAGCUCGACAUUAACCAAUCAGGAGGCGCGUUGUUCAAAGGCGGGUUCUUUUUUCCUAUCCACACUUCGGCACAAAAGAGCAGGAGCAAGUCACGGGAAUUGUUCUGGCUGUUUGGGAGUUACAACGAUAACAAGUGAUUAUUGAUAUGAUGAUAGCUGUAGUUGUGUGGGCUAAGAUCACUACCGUCAGAUAACGAACGGCUUAAUGGCUUCAAAUGAUCGUUGUCAGGGCAGAGUAGCUAAUGCUGUUGUUGCUAACGUCAUGGCUAAUGUGGAUCACUAAAAAUGCCUCGCUGAGGAACUUUGACUUGUUUUGUUUUCGUCUGAAUCUGUUCAUCCCCAUUAAGUGACGCACAGAAGUACACUGUGUGGUGAGCUAACGUUCUGAUGGCAGUGGCUCCUGCCUUUAUGGCAGAUAAAAUUAUAGUUCUUGAUGAUGAUGAUGAAGAGGAGAGUCCUCAGCCAUCAACCGCAGCCUCCAGAGGGUCUUCACGAAAAAAUGCCAAACUGGUCUCCCCUCUCAAAGCAAAGCAGCCUGCACCAACCCACAUCACACAGUCCCCCUUUGCCUCAGCCAAGAAAGAGGCACAUGUCCUUCAGGUGGAGAACGAGAAGCUGUUCAAUGAGUUUGUAGAGCACUGUACAGCACAUACCCAGGACUGCCCUGAUGUUAUUACUUUUCUCAAAACAAAACACACCAAGGCCUCUCCUAUAUACCUUUCGUCUGUGGAAUUCAGAAACUUUUUGGGGCGAUGUUUAACUCGUGCUCAGGCCAACCGCUCCAAAACAUUUGUCUAUAUUAAUGAACUGUGCACGGUGCUACGGCAGCAUGGGAUCAAGAAGAGGCAGAGUCUCUCCAAACCUGAACCAUCAACCUCAAAAUCCGCUUCAAAUGAGCAUUCCUCUCAAGCUGCAGAGGAGGAAGAACAGCCGUCUACCUCAGGGGUGAAUGAGGAUAGUGAAUCCGACCGAAAAACUGCCAGGAAAUCAAAGAAGCAGAUUGCAUACUUGGAAAAUUUGCUGAAGGUUUACAAUGACGAGAUCCACCGCCUUCAAGAAGCUGAUUUAAGUUUAGAUGACCUCGGGUCAGAGGACUCCCUGUACAUCCAGGAGCACAAGCUUAAACGCAAGAUGAUGAAGAUUUAUGAAAAGUUGUGUGAAUUAAAGGGUUGCAGCACUUUGACUGGAAGAGUGCUGGAACAGCGCAUUUCUUACAGCGGCUCUCGAUAUCCUGAGAUCAACAAGAGGAUUGAGAAGUUUAUAAAUGGUCCAGAAGCUCGAGAGAACCCCCCUGAUUACCUAGACAUCUAUCAGCAGGUGGUUCGAGCCAAUGAGCGCUACAGCCUGUGUCUGACACGGAAACAGCUUGGAGAAAUUGCCAAAGAGGCGUUCAGGGACACAGCCAGUCGCAUCCAGGAUCGUCGCCACCUAGACCUGGUCUACAACUUUGGCUCCCACGUAACAGACAACUACAAACCUGCUUAUGAUCCAGCUCUUGAGAAUCCAGCACUUUUGAAAAGGCUACGAUCAAACAGAGAACUCGCCAUAAACCGAUUGGAGGAUGUCAUCACAAAAUACGCCACAAGGCAAGAUGACGCCGAGGAGCAGGAGAGACUGAAACGUUCAAAAAAGGACAAAACAAAUAAAGAGGAAAAUGCAUUGAAAAAUCGUAAAGCAUCUGAGGCUAAUGGAGUUGAGGACAAGGAGGAGGAAGAGGAGGAGCCAGACGAGCCAGAGGAAGAGGAGCCGGAAGAAGAGGAGGAUGAAGAGGAUCAGUCGUCAGAUCCAGACAUCGAGGAGGAAAUUCAUGCCAGCUCGCAGUUCGACGGAGGAGAGGGUGCAAGUGAGGAAGAGACCAAUGAGGCAGAGCAAGCUGUUGACAAGGAUGCUGACAAGGACCAGAUGCCUCUCAGUGUUUCUGCAAGUGAUAAAGAGGAGGAGGACAUCAGUGACCUCAGUCCAAUGUCCCAACAAAGCAAGUCCCUCCUCACACCCCUGUCCACCUCCCCCCGUGACAGCCCCAGCCAAUCAGAAGAAGCUGCCAGCAAUGAACAGAGGUCUCUUAGCAAUGGGACAGUCAAAUCCACCAAUCAGGAGGAAGGCAAAGAAACUAGGGACAUUGUGGCGGUCUCAGAAAAUGGAGUGAAAAUAUGCGAGACCACCAGUACCACAUCGGCCCCGGAUAUGACCCGGGGGACGAGAUCCCAGAAGAGGAAGAGAGAGGAAGUGACAUCAGCCAAGUCCAAGCACGCUAUUACAUGUGACAGCGACACUGAUAUUCCUCUGGAUAUGGGUGUCUACAGUUCCCCACAGCGCCCUCGAGCUGAGACUCCUCCUUACGUCAGCAGCUCUCAGUCUACUCCGCCUCCAAAGAAGAACAAGGUCAAUGUAGCCACGCAAUGUGACCCUCAGGAAGUCAUUGAGCUGUCGGACUCUGACUGAUCCUUGUCUUUGAACUGUUUUGAAAAGUAUUCAAGAUCUUAAAGGGUCGUAUUUUUUUAGGGUUCUCUCUUAAUAAAUUGCAGAAAGGCUUGUGGAAAAAUCCUGUUGAUGCUUUUUUGAGGACUAAUGCAGGGAUGUUAAUAAACCAGUGCCUAGUAUCCAUUUUAUUUUUUGAUUGUCUCAAUAGAUCGCCUUUGUAUGCUGUAUUUAAGGGGCUUAUGGUUUGAAAUAAAAUGGAGGACAGGGACAACUAGGGCUCAGCAAUCCAUGUCAAUGUUAUAUUUUUAUUCAUUACGUCUUGUUUAAUGCAACUCUAUGCCCAGUCAUAAACAAAAAAAACACUCUUUCUGAUGGUCAGUCCAGUUAAGGCUCUUCACUGAGAUUAGUUAAAUCCACUUGUCAGAAAUUUUACUUUAUUUUUUUGGCACAUCACCCACCGCUCGGAAAAACUUGUAUGUUAUCAACUGCUGUUAAAGAUUUAAAAUGUGUUGUGUUGAAAUACCCAUGUUACUGCAGAAAUAUCAACCAUGAACCAGACCAAAAGUCAGUCUUUCCUCUUAACUUUUUUCCACUUUUAUGUCAGAUUGUUUUAUAUCAACAGGUUUGACCAAAUAAUAUAUUUUUAAGACAUUUGGGUCCAUUUCACUUGUGGUUCUCAAUCACUUAAAAAAAAAAAAAAAGCUGCAAUUGUGGCAUAUUGUUUGUUCCAAAAAAAAAACAGCCAUUGAGUAACACCUCACCCAUCAUCACAAAACUUAAAAUAAUAAUAAAUUAUAUUAAAGGUUUUGACACUUUGAUAGUCUUGACGGUGGUAAACAUUAAAAUAGCCUGUGUUUUUGCAUACCAGUACAUAUUUUAUUUAAAACUUUUCUUUUUAGUCUUCAUUAGGACUAGUUUUUAUUUCCAUCCAAACGUAUCUUUUUCUUUUGUAAAAAAAAAAAUUAAGUUGGUAUUGCAUUUUACUUGCAAUAAAUCAAAUAAAAAGGACAAAACGAUAUCUGAUUUUAGGUUACCAUUCAUUAAACCCAUGCGCUUUAGGGUUGAUGAUUUGUUUAUUUUCUGAUGACCUGCGUGAAAAAAGAUGCAAAAUUGUGGCCUUGAAUUAUGAUUUGGUUACAACAUGUAAUUUGUACCCAUGCUUUAGCCAAUUCGUUCCCACGAAUUAAGAACUUGAUUCUUAAACUAUGAGAAAACCCUUCAUUUGCAUGUGGAUUCAGUAAUUCAAUGUCCUUAUUUUAAGCCUAGAUUAAACUCGUACUCGGUCCCUUUUCGCGAGCUGCCGGACGUAUUGCCUCAUCAUGUAACAAACUGGUUAGUGAUAAAAUGUGGCUCCUUCCAAGUUGUUUGGAUCAUAACUCCUUGCUCCUUUACCUUUGAAGCUAUGUCACACGGUCAACCACAAGAGGUCCUAGGCAGAUAGAAAGAGCUUCAACUGCGUUUGAGGAAUUUGACCAGCUGUGGGAACAACGGAGCUGUUAGUGACACUACAGCUGUUUAAUAAAAACUACAACACCCACAAAAUGGACUACAAUAAGCCUUUUCCUCUAAUUUUAAUGAAAAUUCCACCAUGGCAGAGUACUUCAAUGGCCCCAGUGUUUGCACAAGAGAUGCUGUUGGAAAAAGUAUGAUAUAUUUUUUGUGCAGGUCGUCAGGCGGGCUCCGUAUACAAAGUCUAGUCUAUGGACUGUUUUUUAAUGUUCCAUUUUGGUGUUUUUGGGUAAAAACUGCUAAAACUCUUGGGUGCUACAGUAGGGAUUAAGUGUUUACUGUGAAUCUUUUUCAUUUUUAUAACAAAAUGUAUGUAUUGUCUGUUUUUAAAGAGUUUCAAUAAAUUGUUCUAUACAUUAGUUCUG